GUGGAGGAAGGGGCUUCCCCUUCAGAUGCAGGAUGACCCAGAAGUGAUACGGGAAGCAUUUUUGAUGACGUCACUGAUUCCCUUGACUCUCCCGCGAGCCGACACGGCCUGAGGAAUUUUGGUCACGAUUGGAGCCCGUAGGGGCCAGCCACAACUCUGGAGUGGGGCUGGUUCCCUUGACGACGGGCGAAUGCGUUAUUGAUUUAGAUCCUGAUUUUAUGCCUUAGCGCUGCUUAUGUUUUACUCCGUCCUUUUCUUCGCAACAACCCUGUAAGGCUCUUUUCACAUCUAUGGAGCCUCCGGACUCCUUUCCCAGCUGAGGAAUGGCAACUCCAUCGCUGAAUCCUCCACCAGAUCUCCCUUUUGCUGCCACCUUGUUCCUGCCCCUCCCUGCCAUCGUUUUCUUGGUUGUUGGUUCCUACCUGCUACUCCUCAUUCUGGUCCUGGUCCUCAGACAGUGCCUACUGGCCAGAGGUUUUUGUGCCAAUUGCUGUUCCUGUGAAAAGCGGUCCUGGCCAAGUAUGUGUGAAUGCUGUAUGGCUUGUGCUGAGUCAUGUGACUGCGCCCUUCCCUCUCCAGCCCGUUGUCUAGAUCACUGCUGUUCUUGUGCUAAUGGCUUGGAACCAGGAAGUUGCUCCUUUCCACGCCUGUGUCCACUCUGUGACUGUGCCUGUACAUACCAGCCCCCGGACUGCCAGAAUAUCAACUGUAUUUGUUUUGAGAUCAAAUUGCGUUAAGGGAUCUUAGCUCUCUAAACAAAAGGGAAGCGUAUCUGGGUGUGCGGAAAAAUAUAGGAGACUGCAGGGGAUGGACAAUAAAGUAAGCGGUUGCUCACAUUGGCAAAAUUAACUUUUCUGAUGCCAGGAGACUUGAAACUUGGAUUUCUUUUUAUUGGUUGAUUUUUUUUCCCAGAUGCUCUUGAUUUUUAUAAUGCUUGUUUGAUACCAUGUUUUAUAUGAAUUGCUGCAUUUUAUAAUAAACUGAGUUGUCUAUCCUCU